AUGGGAAGGGAUCUGGACCGAGGGUGGGGAGGACUCCGCAGGGACCUGCUCCGCGAACCUGGGCCGGGGACAGCCACGCCCCCGCAUCUCCAUCUCCCAGGUCCCCAGACGGCGGGUCCCCAGGUCAGAGCCCGGGGCUUCCUGUGGACCCUGCCGCCUUCGCCCUAAAACCUGCGGGUCCUCGGAGCUCCGGGACCGAUCGCCGAGGAGGGGGUCGCGAGAUGGGAACCGGUGCGCCCGGCCCUGCACCUGCCGGGGGAGGCCUGGGCGGGGCGGGGAGGCCGGCCCCGGGGCGGCGCCUCUUUUGUCCUCCCGUCGCGGUGGCCCGGGCCCUGCGGGGCUGGGGGGGAGGGCCGGGGGGCGGGGGCGGGCCCUCCGCUCACGUGCUCGCCGCUCGGCUCUUAACCCGGCCCGCCGCCCCGCCGGGAUGGCCGCGGCCGGAGCGCGCUGAGCCGGGCGCCCUCCCCGCCGCCGCCGCCAGCCUCGCCCCCCGUCCGGCCGGCGCCCCCGCCCGCGGCUCCGCAGCCCGCGCCCCCGCCCGCGCCCCGCCUCCGCCCGCGCCGAGCCGCUCAGCCGCAGCCCCCGGACCCGGAGGAUAUGAACGAGCCAUGAGGCGGCUGCGGCGCUGGGCGAUCGCGGCGCUGCUGCUGCUGCCGCUGCUGCCCACGCCCGGUCUUGGGACCUGGGGUCCUGCUGGAGUUCUGCGUUGGAGGGUCGCACCUCAGUUGUGGGGCCCAGAAGUGCCUGAGGUCACAGAGCCCAGCCGCCUGGUGGGGGAGAGCUCCGGGGGAGAAGUCCGAAAGCAGCAGUUGGACACCAGGGUCCGCCAGGAGGCACCCAGUGGCCCCCCUGUCCACCUGGCCCAGGUGAGUUUCGUCAUCCCAGCCUUCAACUCCAACUUCACUCUGGACCUGGAGCUGAACCAUCACCUCCUCUCCUCCAAAUACGUGGAGCGCCAUUUCAGCCGCGAGGGGACAACCCAGCGUAGCACGGGGGCGGGAGACCACUGCUAUUACCAGGGGCGGCUCCGAGGGAACCCCCACUCCUUUGCUGCUCUCUCCACCUGCCAAGGGCUGCAUGGGGUCUUCUCGGACGGGAACUUCACCUACAUCGUGGAGCCCAGAGAGAUGGCCGGGCCUCGGGAAGCCCCCCGGGGACCACAUCCCCACCUCAUUUACCGGACCCAGCUCCUCCCAGCCCCCAUUGGAUGCAGGGAACCAGACUGCCUGUUCGCCGCCCCUGCCCACUCUGCUCCUCCGGACCGGCCGAGGCUGAGAAGGAAAAGGCAGGUCCGCCGGGGCCACCCUACAGUGCACAGUGAGACCAAGUAUGUGGAGCUGAUCGUGAUCAACGACCACCAGCUGUUUGAGCAGAUGCGACAGUCUGUGGUCCUCACCAGCAACUUUGCCAAGUCCGUGGUGAACCUGGCCGAUGUGAUGUACAAGGAACAGCUCAAUACCCGGAUAGUGCUGGUUGCCAUGGAAACGUGGGCAGACGGGGACAAGAUCCAGGUGCAGGAUGACCUCCUGGAGACCCUGGCCCGUCUCAUGGUCUAUCGGCGGGAGGGCCUGCCUGAGCCCAGCGAUGCCACCCACCUCUUCUCGGGCAGGACUUUCCAGAGCACCAGUAGUGGGGCUGCCUACGUGGGAGGCAUCUGCUCUCUGUCCAGGGGUGGGGGUGUGAAUGAGUACGACAAUAUGGGGGCCAUGGCAGUGACCCUGGCCCAGACGCUGGGGCAAAACCUGGGCAUGAUGUGGAAUAAACACCGGAGCUCAGCAGGGGACUGCAAGUGUCCGGACAACUGGCUGGGCUGCAUCAUGGAGGACACUGGGUUCUACCUGCCCCGCAAGUUCUCGCGCUGCAGCAUCGACGAGUACAACCAGUUUCUGCAGGAGGGCGGCGGGAGCUGCCUCUUCAACAAGCCCCUCAAGCUGCUGGACCCCCCUGAGUGCGGAAACGGCUUCGUGGAGGCAGGGGAGGAGUGCGAUUGCGGUUCUGUGCAGGAGUGCAGCCGAGCGGGCGGGAACUGUUGCAAGAAGUGCACCCUGACUCACGACGCCAUGUGCAGCGACGGGCUCUGCUGUCGCCGCUGCAAGUACGAGCCGCGGGGUGUGUCCUGCCGAGAGGCCGUGAAUGAGUGCGACAUCGCGGAGUCCUGCACUGGCGACUCUAGUCAGUGUCCCCCCAACCUACACAAACUGGACGGUUACUACUGUGAUCACGAACAGGGCCGCUGCUACGGAGGUCGCUGCAAAACCCGGGACCGGCAGUGCCAAGCCCUGUGGGGCCACGUGGCUGCUGAUCGCUUCUGCUAUGAGAAGCUGAACGUGGAGGGGACAGAGCGUGGCAACUGUGGGCGCAAGGGGUCCGGCUGGGCCCAGUGCAAUAAGCAGGACGUGCUCUGUGGCUUCCUCCUCUGCGUCAAUAUCUCCGGAGCUCCUCGGCUGGGGGACCUAGGAGGAGACAUCAGCAGUGUCACCUUCUACCACCAGGGCAAGGAGCUGGACUGCAGGGGUGGCCAUGUGCAGCUGGCCGAUGGCUCAGACCUGAGCUACGUGGAGGACGGCACAGCCUGUGGGCCCAACAUGCUGUGCCUGGAUCAUCGCUGCCUGCCAGCCUCUGCUUUCAACUUCAGCACCUGCCCGGGCAGUGGGGAACGCCGCAUCUGCUCCCACCAUGGAGUCUGCAGCAACGAAGGGAAGUGCAUCUGCCAGCCAGAUUGGACGGGCAAAGACUGCAGUAUUCACAACCCCCUGCCGACAUCUCCGCCCACGGGGGAGACGGAGAGAUAUAAGGGUCCCAGCGGCACCAACAUCAUCAUUGGCUCCAUUGCCGGGGCUGUGCUCGUCGCAGCCAUCGUCCUGGGCGGCACAGGCUGGGGAUUUAAAAACAUCCGACGAGGAAGGUAUGACCCGACCCAGCAGGGGGCAGUGUGAUGCUGGCCACGUCAUCCCUCCGCUGUCCCCGUCUCCAUCUCAUUUGUCACCUCGCAUUCUGUUGAUGGGAGCUCAGGGCUGAUUCCCCCACCCCCACCGUCACUGCUGUCCCUGCUGUCCCUGCAGGGGUGGGAGAGGAAAGUCCUUAGCCUGCCCUUGCCACUUCCUCUUGCCCAGACAUCCCCUCAGGUCCAUUUGCUCCUGCCCUUCCUAUGGCCACACCACUCUUGGCCAGGGAGACGCUGGAGCUGUGCCCCCACCCCACCCCCGCUCUCCGCAGCCCCCGCCCCCUGGAAGGGAGCCUCCCUCUGCAUCCCAUCUGUUUUGUCUUUCAUGUCACCGCUGUCUGACCUCCCGCCAGCUCCCCUCCCUGGCCAGCCUUUGACUUGCUGCCCCCAGGGCCCGGCUUGGGGCGAGGAGAGGAGUCUGUCUCUGGGCUCCCCCUCAUAUGAUGCCCCCAUGCCCCGUCUGCCUUCCAGGUCCGGAGGUGCCUAAGUGCCACCCUCCCUCCGAGCCUGGCGCCCACAUCUCAGCCAUGAACUAGGAGGCUGCCUCCUCCCAGCCAUGGAGGGAGGCACCAUGCGAUGUCUUCCGGGCCCAGCUUUCCAAUUCCUGGCCCCAUGGGGGUGUGGGUGGGGGGCUGUGGCCCUGCCCUUCACACCAUCAGGGUGGACCAUGCCAGGGCCAUUGCCCUCGUGGUCCCCCACCCCACCUCAUGUGGCUUUGGCCUUGCACACCAACUCUCCCUGUGUGAAUGUAGCUUCCAUCAUCAGAUUGCCACAGCUCAGGUGGUGAGGGAGGGCUAGAGGGAUGCCCCAAGGGGCAUGGCCUGGGAUGGCCCUUCCUCAAAGCCAGGCAGCUGGGACAGGGUUUUAGCUUUCUGGGACUUGGGGAGAGGGGGCUGACAUCUACUUUAAAAAAACAAAACAAAACUGAAUCUUAACUGAUGAAUGUAACUCUGGGGGUGCUGGGGCCAGGGCGGUUGUGGGGAUGUUUUGAAAUCUGGGGGGGGGACUGGAGGAACUGAGGCAUGGCCAUCCCCUGGGAUGACCACACCUGGGGUCUUCUCACUGGACAUGGACGUCCCCAAGCCAGGUAGGGGCCGGCAUCCUUGCUGCUCCCUCCUCUCGGCCCUGCUGAGCUUGGAGAGAAGUUUGAGUGCCGAUUCAAACCAAAGCUGCCUGUUCCGCGCCCACGCCUAGGUUAUGGGUACGGCGACCACAUGUCCCAGAUUGUCUUUAAUUCUAAAAUGACCAUCCUGCUGUCCUUGCCAGGAUGCAUGCAUUCGAGGGUCUACAAAAUAGUCCCUGAAAUAAAAUGGCACCUUCCCCCUUCCCAGAAGGGCGACUGUGGGGCUGGCUCAGGGUUCAGGUGCCCCCUGGUGUGGCCUAGAGGUCCCAGGCUGGGCCGUCUUUUCCUGGGAGGACUCUCCCAAGUAGGGAAGGCCAGAGGUGGCCAGUGCCCGGAGGGUCAGGGGCUCUGCCUGUGAUGCGCAUAAGGAGGUAGGACAAGGCAGGUCUCAUGUAUGAACCUCAGCUUCUAGAAAAUUCCUCAAGGCCCUGUCAAACCCACCCCACUCCUUACCCAAUUCCAGGGCCGAGUAGUAAGUUUACAGUUGUUUCCCCCGUGACGUCCUCUGACGCCCCGCCCACUGCAGUGACAGGCAGGUGGAGGCCAGGCCGAGUUCCUCAGUCCUCCUCCAAACCAAGUCCUGCCCAUGGCCUUCCCUCGGGACCCUCGCUUGGGACAGAGGAGCUCUGGCUCCUUGGCUGUUGAAGACCGGCUGGCAGGGGCAAGAUGGGGGUCAAACUACCUAUGGAUGAAAGCCACAAAUGAAUGGAGCCCCUCCCCCCAGGGGUACCCACCCUGACUCCGCAGGGAUUCCUGAACACCCCGGGCCUUUGAGCUGCCUGUUUCAGUCCCUCUGCUUCUGGGGCAUCUUUGAAGGGGAAUCGUGGAGGAGACGGCUCCCUGCUUAUCUGCACCCCCCUCAGGGCAAACUGGGGACUGAGACCCAUGGACACCCUUCGGGGGCUGAUGCGGCGACAGUGGGGUCCUCGAUACUGAGCUUCAGCUGGCACUGCCCAAGCAAGGAGGAUGUGUGGGGUACCCCUCUAGCCAGUCCUGCUACACCAGCACCCCCAAGCUGGGGCAGGAGGGCGAGGGUUGGGUUUUGCACUUUUGCUGCGAUACCUUAAGGCGCCCUCUAGUGGUGCACACGUGCGCACAGGUGGCCGAUGCAUCCGGCACAAGCGUUUGGAGCCGCGUCUCCGCACAAGUGUGAAUACCUCUGCACACACGGACAUGACUGUGUGCGUAUGGGGGGUGGGA